GUAGUGAUAACCAUGCAAUUCACACUGUUAAACCUCUUUAUUUGGGUAUUAAUAUUCUGCUGCAGAAUUCAAGCUGCGUUGACUCAAGCCCAGCAUGGAACUGAUGUGACACUGAGCUGUGAGGUGUCUGACCUCCCAGAAUCCUCCACUGUUCAGUGGGAGAGAGAAGAAGCUCCUGUUCCUAACAGCACUCUGUUCUACAACAACACUGCCUACAUCAUUUUACACAACGUCGACCAUCGCAGUCGAGGGAAAUACUACUGCAUACUGAGACACCGGGGAAAUAAAAACAUUUAUAGGACUCAAACACUGGAAGUGUCAGAAUAUACACCACCAAAAAAGUAUAUUCUAUACAGAGAAAGCUCUAACAGUAGUAAUUUGGCCCUCAUCUGCAAGUCCAAAAAGUCUUACGAGAGAAUAAUGUGGAUCCGACAGCUAAACUGCACAAAUGAGAUAAUGAUAGCUGCAGAAAGAGAGAAAAAGCUUAGAGUACAUGGAGAGAUUGUACCAGGGAAGCAUUCAUCCACAUUCUACAAUGGAAAUGAUUUCAUCUUUCACAUCUCACCUGUGAAAUUCAGUUACAGUGGAACAUAUAGAUGUCUUGUGAAUGAUAAAAACACCUAUUCAUCCUUAACACUCCACACUCUAAGAGUCUUCGCAGAGCCCACUGUCAUAAUCAGGAAUCAGUCAGUGGUUCUGACCUGCGAGGUGUCUGACACGACAGACCGAGUUAUUCUGGCCUGGCUGAGGAUGGAGGGAAACAGGGCAAUGCUAAUUAAACAGGAAGUCCUGACACAAAGAGACAUGAAGAGGAGAGUCAGUGUAACACUGAACAGUGUCUUUGAGGACCAGCUCCUCUGCCAGUGUGCUGUGUUUACUGAGAACACACUCAGAGCUCUGGCCCCAAUAACGCUCUACCUCGUCCAGUCAUUAAGAAAAGAGCCUCGUUCGGCUAUACCAAAACACACCACAGCUCUCCCCACCCAGGGAAACAGUGUGGAAGAGGGCAGUGACACCCAGACUGUGGUCACCAUUGUGUUCACUGUGUCCGGGUGUGUGGUGGUUUUGCUUGGAGCUCUGUUGUUUUACAGUCAAAGAACAUCCUCCACAGAUGGAACACCUGUGAUAGAGAUGAAGUGCAGAGAUUAUCCACACCAUUCGGAUUCAGCUCAAGGUAACAGAGAUGCUGGCAUGGUAAAAACCGAAGAAGAAAAAGAAGGAGAAGAGCCCCACUAUGCCUCCAUCACCAUAGUGGAACUUGAUCAUGGAGUUAGUGGGAAUUUUAAAAGGAACAAGAUGCCAUGUACCAGUGACUCAGUUAUCUACUCAACUAUCAACUUAAAGUGAGGAGCAGGAAUGCAAAUAUAAGCUGUACUAUAUAAUGGAAAUGCCAAACUUGCCUUAUCUUUUAAAUCCUGUUCUCCCUCUGAUCUGUCUAUGCUUUCUGUCUAUUACAGAAAUUAAUAUUAUAGAUAUAUCUAGUUUAGGUUCAAAUAGAUUAAAUGUAAUACUUUGUAUCUGUAUUCAUAGAUUCAUUUAAAAUAUAGUUUAACCACAUCACCAUUGUGUAAUGUACCUUAUACAACAGUUAGUUCUGGUCCACUAACUUGAUUGGUCGAGUAGCGUUCCAAGAGGGCUUGUAUUUACUAUAACCGCAUUGAGAUGUUUCACUGUGUGUAUCACUCUGGUCCUCCAUGUUCACCACAUAAAAUUCCACUCCCUAGUUUGAAAUGGUUACAGUACAUUUAGUGACAUCAUCAGCGGACAUGGCAAAUUAUACUUUGACUUAAAAUAUGAAAGCUCCUCAGAUGAAGAUGAAAAGGAAGAAGGGACGCCAGUUUUACUGGAAGCACUUUUAAUGGGAAUGUACAAAUCAAUGUGAGCUAGCUAGUUAGCUAGCCAGUGUGUUAUAAAGUGAGCGUGGCUUUUUCGGAAUCUGUUUCUAUUAGUGGAGCAAAAAUAAACAGAACAUU